AUGGAAACAAUUGGGUUCAUUGGUGCUGGUUUAAUAGGUGGUGGUAUUGCUCAAUUAGCAAUCAAAGGUGGUUAUAAAGUUUUAUUAACAAAUAGUAGAGAUCCAAAAUCAUUAGAUCCAAUUAUUAAAGAACUUGGUGAUAACUCAAGAGCUGGUUCUUUCAAAGAUCUGAUCACUGAUGAUAUUAAAAUAAUUGUAUUAUCUGUUCCUUUGAAAGCUAUCCCAAAGAUAUUUGAAACCGGUGAGAUUAAAGAUAAAAUCAUUCUGGAUACUUCAAAUUAUUAUACAUUUAGAGAUGGUCAAAUUAAAGAACUGGAUGAUAGAUUAUUAACAACAUCUGAAUAUGUUUCUCAAUAUAUUGGUGAAUCAAAUAAACUUGUUAAAGUAUUCAAUAACAUUGAUGCUAUACAUCUAAGAAUCAGUUCAACAAAUGAUUUAUCAAGACAAACAAUCUUACCAAUUUCAAGUAAUGACGUUGAUGCAAGACAAUUAGCUACAGACUUCAUUCAAAAAAUUGGGUUUAAAGUCUUGGAUGUUGGUGGACUUUCAAAUAGUUGGAAAUUUGAACCACAUACACCAUUUUAUCUAACACCUUAUAUACCAAAAUUCCCAGAAAAUUUAGAUCAUGAUGAUUUGAAAUCUGCUUUCCAAAGUUAUCCAUCACCUUCAUUAACUGUUGAAGAUGGAAUCAUUUUAUUGAACUCAGCUACAAGAGAUGGACCUGUUGGUGGUAGUAUUGAUACUACACCUGAAUUGGUAUUGGAAGUUAUGAUUGAUUGGUAUAAAAGAGCUAAAAGGGCAAAAUCAAACAAUUCCUCAGUUUUGUAA